AUGGCUGACGAUGAUUCUAUGAGUGAUGAUGAUCAACUGGAUAUUCCUGAUAAUACAAAACAUAUCUCGUCGAUUCGCUUAGGUCAAGUUGAUAUCGACUGCUGGUUUCAUUCGCCUUAUAUCGACGCGGAAGAAGGUUCAAGUGAAAAAGAUCGAACGAUCGAAAAAUUGUAUAUUUGCGAGCAAUGUUUACGUUAUUUUCUCAACAAUCGAAAAUACCGGCAGCAUACUAAUGAAUGUACUCGACGUCAUCCUCCAGGUCGGAAGAUUUACGAACAUCCGGAUGGUUUAUCCGUCUAUGAAGUUGAUGGAACUGCAGCUCAACUUUAUUGUCAAUGUCUUUGCUUAUUGGCGAAGUUAUUUCUCGAGCGCAAAACAAUCUACUUUGAUGUUGAACCUUUCCUCUUCUACGUGUUGGUAGAAGCUGAUAAACGAAACAAAAAUCUUCAACAUAUUAUUGGCUAUUUUUCAAAGGAAAAACUCAGCGAUGAGUUUUACAAUUUGGCUUGUUUGAUGGUGUUACCACAUCGGCAAAGACACGGGUUCGGACGGUUUUUGAUUGCAUUAAGUUAUGAAUUAACAAAAUUAGAAAAGAAAACAGGUUCACCUGAAAAACCUCUUUCUGCUCUUGGUCAGAUGACGUACAAAAGUUAUUGGCACUCGACUAUUCUAGCCAAACUUGAAGAAUACCGUCGUUUACAAAUGCAUGUGCCAGUUUCGCAACUCAGUUUGGACACCGGAAUUUGUCUUGAAGAUGUUGUUCAGACGUUGGUUGAUCUGCGUUUAGCACACACGGUUAACGCAACCAAUGAAAUCACAUUCAAACCACACGAACUUCGUCAUCGCCGUCGUCAACAGAAUCAAUGUGAUAAUAACAAUAAUCACAUCGAUUCAUCGUCUGUAUUGAUUGUCAAUGAAGACAUUCUGCGUAGUGCAUUAACUCGCCACUCAACAGGAAAUUUGUCACCGCCAAAUAAUCAACAUUUGUUUGAUCCAUCAUAUUUACGUUUAAUCAGUCGCCGAUGA